CGCCAGUCAGUCGAGAGAGCGGCUCCGAGGUGGUUGGUCUGUCUGGCUGUCUGUCUGUCUGUCUGUCUGCUUGCCUGUCUGAGUGAGUGUCUGCCUGGUUGUUGACUGACGGACUAACUAGCUGACUGACUAAUCGCUCGCCAGUCGCCUCGUCCACUGACUCACCAAGGAGGAAGGAAGACAGGAACAGCAGAAAGAUCGAAGAAAAGGAAGAAAAGACAAGAAAGAACAGAAAGGAAGGAAGAAAGGAAGAUACAUCAUUAGCAAAGGAAAGAAGAGAUUUAAAAAGUGAGAUAGAAAUAAUUAAGAGAAAGUAAGCUAUCUCUAUCUCCACCAUGUCCCCAAAUUCUGUCUCCACGGGCACACAAACGCCGGAUUCUCUUCCUUCUCCUCCUCCUGCGCCUCCUUCACCUCCUCCAUCGUCUCCUCCACCAUCUCCUCCAUCUCACAAGUUUUCCUCCACCGCUCCAAUUCCUCCGUCUGAAUUUCUACAGAGGGCCAUGUCGGGCUGCGAGGAGCGGCGGUGCUCGGUGCUGACCUACGAGCAGGUGAGGCAGCUGAACGAGGUGCUGCACGAGGUGGUGUCCAUCCACGGCCGCGGCAACUUCCCCACGCUGGAGAUCCGCCUGCGGGACCUGGUGAGCCUCGUGCGCGCCAAGCUGGAGGCCGAGGCCGUGCCCGUGCGGGACAUCCGCAUCAAUGGCGGCGCUGCUUCGCACAUCCUGGCCGCCACCCCGGACCAGGCCUACAACGACCUGGACCUCAUCUUUGCCGUCGACCUGUCGUCGCCGCGCGCCUACGACCGCGUCAAGAACGCUGUGCUGGAGGUGCUGCUGGACUUCCUCCCGGCGGGCGUGUCCAAGCGGCGCAUGUCGUCGUGCUCCAUGAAGGAGGGCUACGUGCACAAGAUGGUCAAGGUAAACGACACUGACCGCUGGUCGCUCAUCUCCCUCUCCAACCACGGCGGCCGCAACGUGGAGCUCAAGUUCGUGGACACCAUGAAGCGGCAGUUCGAGUUCUCCGUGGACUCGUUCCAGGUUGUGCUGGACUCGCUGUUGCUCUUCUACGAGUGUGCUGAGAUGCCCAUCAGCGAGAACUUCUACCCCACCGUCAUGGGCGAGAGUGUGUACGGGGACUUCGGCGAGGCGCUGCUCCACCUGCAGAAGAAGCUGAUCGCCACCAAGAACCCCGAGGAGAUCCGCGGCGGCGGCCUGCUCAAGUACUGCAGCCUGCUGGUGAAGGAGUACGAGCCCGCGCGGCCCGAGGAGAUCAAGACGCUGGAGCGGUACAUGUGUUCCCGCUUCUUCAUCGACUUCCCGGACGUGACGCAGCAGCAGAGCAAGCUGGAGGCCUACCUGUGGAACCACUUUGUGGGCCCCGACGAGGCGCUGCGCUACGACUUCCUGAUGGUGGUGCACCGCGUGGUGGACGAGUCGACGGUGUGCCUGAUGGGCCACGAGCGGCGCCAGACCCUCAACCUGAUCGACGAGCUGGCGUGCCAGGUGUUCUACAGCGAGCAGCACCGCCUCUACACCAAGCACCAGCCCUGCCCGCCCUGCCCCUCCUCCCCCUCGCCCUGCCCCUCCGCUGCCUCCUCCUGCUCAUCCUCGUCCUCGUCGUCCUCGUCAUCCUCGUCCUCGUCAACGUCCAGCAGCUUCGACGUGCACAUAGCCCCUCCUCCCCCAGUCAUCUACAGCAACGGCUACUACUACGCCCCCAUCGUGCCCGCCCCCGCCCCCCCACAGUCCUACACCUGCACUUGUGGGUGGCUACAGUGUGCCUAGGCCUCCCCCUCCCCCCCCCAGCCCCCGCCCCCCAGCACGGGCCUGAGUGCCAACACGCAAGACUCUGGCCGCGCUGCCGCCUCUGUGAUAUCAUGACGAACGAGUGUCCUGCGCUCUGUCUGUUUGUCUGUCUGUCUGUCGGUCUGUCUGUCGGUCUCUGUCGGUCUCAGUGAGUCAAGCGACCCACCGCCAGCCACCCCAUGGAGUAUUACCCUUAUUAUUACUAUUAUUACCAUUAUUAUUAUUAUUAUAUUAUUAUUAUUAUUAUUAUUAUUAUUAGUCCCUAGAGUCCGGUUCUUUUUUUUUUUUAUUUCUGGAUAUCUGGACGAACCGUAACUCCAGCCUUGAAAAAUGGCCCCCCCUCCCCCCCCCCCGCUAUUCCCCCCACUCAAAGUCCCCCUUGGCCAGGUGAAAUCCCCCCUACACACACACACACACACACACACACACACACACACACACACACACAUACACACACACACACACACCGACGCUGCCCCCCACAAAGGAGAAGAGGAAUAGGGGACAAACACCCCCUCCACCACCACCACCACCACCACAAGGAGAACAGCUGGAGACGCGCCCCCGCCCCCCGUGACCCCCCUCAAGGUCAUCUGGGGUCACCCGGGGUCAAAGGUCAACUGGGAGCAUCGUGACUGUCUUCAUGGGCACAUACACGGGGUGAGAACAACGCAGUCACCCCUUGAAGAGAACACAAAAAGAAAACGGGAAACGUCGCCCCCUCGUCACGGAAAACGGGACACGGAUCAGAAAAGGAAGAAGGUUUAAUAGGAAGAAAAUUUAAGGAAGUAUUUAAAUUUAUUGCCAUUAUUAUUUUUCGUGUGUAUUUAUAGGAGUAAGAGAGAAGAGGGGGAGAGAGAGAGAUACCAGAUGUUUAUGAGGAGAAAGAGGAGGAGGAGGAGGAGGAAGAAGAAGAAGAGGAGGUUAUGGUGGUUGGUUUGGUUAGGUGAGAGAAUAUAUCUUUGCGGCUUUUGGAAGAUUGAGAGAAAAGAGGAAAGGGCUUAGUGAGGAAGAGGAAGACGAGGAGGAGAAAGAGGAAGAGUUUAUUUUUGGUUAUGCUGGGGAGAGCAAAAAGUAGACUGAGGAAGAAGAGGAAGAGAAAGAAGAAAAAGAGAAGGCCCAACAAAAAAAAAAUGGAAGAGAAGGAAGAGGAAGAGGCGGAAGACGUAUUCGAGUCAUAUAUAGAAUACUCGAGAAUUUAAUGAAGAGGAAAAGAAUAAAAAUAAAGGAGGAGGGAUGAGUCAGAAAUAGAAAAUGAGGAGGAGGAGGAGGAGGAUGAAGACUGAUGAUUAAUGAGGGAAAAGAGGAAGGAGGAAAAUGAAAAAUUGAUGUCAUAGCAAUAAGAAUAGAAGAGGAGGAGGAAAAGGAAGAGAUAAAUUUGCAAAGGAAAAAACUAAAUUACUAAGAGAACCUGAAAUAAAGAAGAAUGAAGAAAAGAAGACAAUGAAGGAAGAAAGGAAAAACACUAGAGGAUGUUAGAAGAAAAGGGAAGGCAAUAGAUCAAGAUAGGAAGAAAUAAAAGAAUAACGGGAAAAACAAAACAAAAUGAAGAAAACGAGAAAAAAAGAAGAGGGGAAGAAAAGAAAAGACAAUGAGGAAAGAAAGAAAACGAAGAGGAUGUUAGAAGAAAGGGAGAAGCCAAUAGAUCAAGAUAGGAAGAUAUAAAAGAAAAACGAAAAAAAAAGAGUGGGAAGAAAAGAAAAGACAAUGAGGAAAGAAAGAGAACCAAGAGGAUGUUAGAAGAUGAAGAUAAGAAAUAGAAGAAAAAAAUGAAGAAUAGAAAUUAGUACUGGAACACACUAAACGGAGAAGAGAAAUACAAUGACUACUACUACUACUACUACCACUACUACUAUUACUACUACUACUACUACUACUACUACUACUAUUACUACAACAAAUGGUAAUAAUAGAGGAGGAAGAAAUCAAAUAAUGCACAUCACAGGAAAAUCAGUCUCCCGGAACCUCCCUAUCCUUCCCCCCCCCCUCUUGCCCCCCCCCCACCCCCCCGAACACCCAGACAGACUAGCGCGCCAUCUGCUGAAUGAAAGUGGCACUGUUACUCUCCGCUGCGUUCGCCCACAAUUAUGUUUGGUUUCUCGACUGUCUAUCCAGGUCGUGUGUGUGUGUAUGUGUGUUUCUUGUUUGGUCUCACACACACACACACACACGCACACACACACACAUAUAUACACACACACACACACACACACACACACACACAUACUUUUCCUCCUCCUCCUCCUCCUCCUCUUUCCUAUUCAGUUUACACGAAAAGCAGAAAAUAGAGGCAAGAAAAAGGACAAAAAAAAAAAACACCGUCUUCGUCCUCCAAUUUCUCCUCUUCCUCUUCCUCCUCAAAAAAAAAAAAAAAUAAGGAAAGUAAAAAAAAAAGAAGAGAAAGUCAAAAUCAAGAAAGUGAAAAGGUGACGGAGUUCGUUUUGAAAUAAUGAAAAUGCUAGUGUUAAUAAUGACACAAGUUACUCAUCUUCCAAAAACCGUGAGAGAUAAUACUUCAAAGAUGAGACACCUGUGGCGGGUAAUGGCGCAGAUUUAGGAAAGUGUGUGUGUGUGUGUGUGUGUGUGUGUGUGUGUGUGUGUGUGUGUGUGUGUGUGUGUGUGUGUGUGUGUGUGUGAUGGCUUACAUACACCUGCAUACAUGUAUUCAUGGCUACAUACGUACACGCACACAAGUUAACAUGAUGUGUGUGUGUGUGUGUGUGUGUGUGUGUGUGUGUGUUCAGUUCGAUAAUUUACAAGAAUUUAGAAGUUUUAGUGCCAACCAACCACCAUUUCUCUCUCUCUCUCUCUCUCUCUCUCUCUCUCUCUCUCUCUCUCUCUCUGAUAAUAAUGUGAUUUUCUCGCCCCAAAACAAGAAAUGAACGAGUUAUGUACGUGUUCAAAAUACUCUGUUCUGAUUGGAUGAGAUCGAGUUGGUAGAAUCCUGUGAUUGGUGGAGUGGUUGUGGUGUUCGUGGGCACAACAACCCAAUCCCCUUGUUCCCGGGUGGCGAUUGGUGGAGGAAGUUUGUGUUUAGCCAAUCGGGUGUCAGCUAGGACGAUCCGGUUAAUCGAGUCGUAUUUGUGAUGCUACUUCGGUUAAAGGGAUGCCAUUGUUUAAAGAGUCCGGUUAAAUUAAUGUAAAUAUUGUGGUAGUCCGGUUAAUUGAGGUUGAAAUGUUUUGAAUCCGGAUAAAUCUCAUGUUUGUCCGGUUAAACGAGCUUCAGCUGUAUCCAGGGUCCGGUUAAUGGAAUGUAAAUGUUGGGAUAGUCUCUGAAGUGUAUAACGGAUCCGGUUAAACGAGCUUGAAUUGUGCACUUGCUCCGGUUAAUUGAGUGUAUAUAGUGGUAAACCGGUUAAACGAGCUUCAGUUGUGUUCUGGGUCCGGAUUAUCGAAUGUUAGAUGACUCUGGACCGGAUAAUUGAAUGGUCUAUGUAUUGGCACCGGGUAAUCUUUGUAAAUGUCACUCUGAACCGGUUAACUGAGUGGUCUGUGUCCUGGCACUUGUAAUUUUCCAGGUAGCGUUGGUUAAUUGCUGGGUUAGUGUUCACCUCAUUCACACCUGUGCUCCAAUCAGUGUUCACGUACCUGUAAUCUUGUACCGGUUAAUUCAGGUGUUUCAGAUAGUACCGUGUUAUCCCUCGUACUGGUUAAGAGGUGACUUGUAGGCUAACUAAUAAUGUGUUCACUCGUGUGGUUAAUCUGGUACUGGUCAUGUGGUCAGUGGGUUAAUUACUGCACUAAAUACCUCUGCCCUUGUGAAUGUUACCUGGUUAAUAGUUCUACCUGAGUGGUGAAUCUUGGACUGGUGAUGAGGUCAGUUGGUUAAUUACUGCACUAAAUACCUUUGUUUUUGUGAAUGUUACCUGGUCUUGGGUUAAUAGUCCUACCUGAGUGGCUAAUAGGGUAUCAGAUAUGUGGCCAGUGGGAUUAUUAGUACUCCAAACACCUUUAACCCUUACUAAUACCUCAUCACUUAAUUACCGCUGUGGUUAAUCUGGUGUUAGUUGAGUGAUCAGGAUAACUUGUACUCCCAAUUCCUACAGCCUUGUACCACUAAUUGAACCACCUUGUACUACCCACGUGUUGACAAUCUGAUACAAGUUCAAUAGCCAGGUUAACUAACUACCCACCUGCCAUCACGUGCUAUUCCCCCACUGGUUAACUAUUCCUAUGUACCAUUAAUCUUGUACUGUUAACACUCACUGAUGAUACUUAGUGCUCUGCUUACCUUUGUGAUUAACCAGGUGAUUGAUGAGGUUAACUUGUUCCCUACCUGUCAGCGGGUACUAGGCGAUCACUGGUUAACUGUCGUACUGUUAACCGGGGCACUAUUUGGUUGGUCACCUGAGCAUUGUUGAGCAUGGGUUGUCACAUACCUGGUUGUCAUGUCACGUGCAGUCACACCUGUAAUUAGGACUAGACUACCUGUCCACUAGGCGUCUACCUGUUCCGUCUCACCUGUACCGGUUAAUUGAUGAACCUUACCUGGGCUCUUUUACCUCUUAUCCACUGCUGGGUCUGUACUGGAAGACAAACAACCUUAUAUAGCCAAUACCUGGUUUGCCACUACUUCUACUACAAAAUCUCGUCACUUACAUCACAACAAAACUACCACUACUCCCUUAACUACUCCACUGACCUUGCUUUUGCUCACGUGUGUGUGUGUGUGUAUAAUCGCGAGUAUCAGGAAGUAGUUAACGGGGAGACACACCUGGGGCCGCCUGGUCAAGCUAACGAGCCGUUCACCUGGCCACCGUGGGGCCCAUUAGGAACACGAAAAUUCACCUCACCAAGUCACAAAAACACCUGGAUUUCCAUUUUUGUUUUCCUUGUUUUCACUUUUCUGGUUUUCUUACAAGUUUUCUGUGUACGGAUUUGACCCGAACUGUAGGGGCAAUAUUCCUCCUCCUCCUCCUUUCAUCUUCCUGUUCGUCUUCCUCCUGAUUUUCCCUUGUAUCCUCCUCGUUUCCUCAUCCUUUCUUACAGUUCAGUGAAGUUUCCCCCCCACAAUUCAAUUUUUUUAUUCACGCUGCGUUUUCUCAUGAAUUAAGCAUCCCGUUUUCUCUACACGUAAGAGUAGAGGGGACAACGGAUGACUGAGCGGUUGGUUCUCUGCCUGAGCGAAGUCCAAGGGCCCCGUGGCUUUGCGGGCGCCCUCCUGACAAAGGUACAAAGUGUUUCAAUGAGUGUGAUGUAGAUUUUUUUCAUCUCUCUCGCCCCUUUGACAGUGAUGUUGUGUUUGCCAGUUAGUACGCAUCCAUCAGUUCCUACCAAUGCUCAUAUCUGGAGAAAACUUUACUCUGGAAAAUUUAGAUGACGUAUGAAAUAAAUGAAAAGAAUUGUUCUGGAAAAUGAGACCAAGUUUUUUAAUGAAACUUUGUCCAAGUAAAGAUCGAUUGUUCAACUUUAUCUCGACAAAGUUUCAAUAUUAUGCUUGGUCUCAUUUUCUCGGAAAAUUGAGAAAAAAAAACACUCGGAUAUUGUGCCGAGCUUAUGUCUAAAUAGAGAUUGAGUAAUCAAUUUAAUCUUGACAAAGUUCAGUUUUGUGCCUCGGUUCAGUUUUUGAUUUUUUUUCUUCGGAAUAAGAUUUUUGUUGCCGUGAUAUGAGUACAAAUUGGAGAGGUGCGUACAAACCUGCGGACAUAACCUACAGUAAAGAUGAUGUAAAAAAAAGAUAAUUGUGUGGUAAAAAAAGAAACUUUAUACAAUAGGUGUAUAAAAACAAGUUCAAAAAUGCUACUAGUACUACUACUACUGCUGCUGCUGCUACUAUCACUACUACCAACACCUACUACUGUUGCUGUAUUUUCUUGUAUCUCGAUUAGUGUUUAAGCAAUGCAGUCUUUUUUUCACACAAUAUAUAUAUUCCUCCAUGGGCGCCAUUUUCCUUGAUUGAAAGAAAACGGGAUACGAGUUGGUUCACCGUUUUCUCUUUACGAAAUGGGGAAACUUGGGUAAAUUGUGAUAUUACUUGUAAAUAGUAUAUAUAUAGGUACACUUUUCUUUGUAAAUAUAGGUACACUUUUUUUCUUUUGUCCCUGUGUCUCAUACUAUUUUGAAAACGUGUUAAAUAGACCUGUAAAAGUUGUCUCUGGGUAAAGAUAGAAAACGUAAUGUGGUUUAUAGAUGGCUGGACAUUUGUCUGAUUAUAUUUUGAAGAGUUGUAAUAGACAUAUAAACUUGUCUUUGGGUAGAGGUAAAAGAAAAAUAAGGUUAUAGAUUUAAUUUUCUUAUAUUCUGAAGUGUUUAUAGUUCCCCAAAUACCUGUCUUUGGGUAGAUAAAAAGUGGUUUAGAAUUCCUGAACCGCUCUGUAUAGUUGUGUGUGUAUUGGUCACGGAGCUCAGUCUCCGCUUGAAAGAAAACGGAGUAAGGGAUGAAAAACUUGAUCAGGUUUAAGUUUUUUUGUGAUGAUUUUUUCUUCAAAUUCAAACGAAGCACAAAGAUGAAAAGUGUGUGUGUGUGUGUGUGUGUGUGUGUGUGUGUGUGUGUGUGUGUGUGUGUGUGUGUGUGUGUGUGUGAUACGUCUUAGCUAUGCAAUCCGCGUUCUAAUGAAGUUCCCGUCGGUGGUAAUGAGUAAUGAUGAUUCAUAGGAUAUGCAUUCAUUGUCCGCUCCUUGAUUUAUUUAUUCAUAACUUUCUUUAUUGAUCGUUUGCGUCCCUGUGUGUAGGAAAGUCCUUUAUUAUUAUUAUUAUUAUUAUUAUUAUUAUUAUUAUUAUUAUUAUUAUUAUUAUUAUUAUUACUGUUAUUAUAUCUACUACCACUACCACAUACUUCUACAACUACUAUUUCUAAUAUGGUCAUCUUUGUUAUUUGUAAUUUUGUCUAAAUGCGAUAAAUUUAUUGCGCUAAUGAAUAUAAUAAUAAUAAUAAUAAUAAUAAUAAUAAUAAUAAUAAUAAUAAUAAUAAUAAUAAUAAUAACAAUAACGCCCCCAAAACCGAGCCAGAUAUUUCAGAUAUUUCUAAAAAUUACAUGAAACUUUUUGAGGGAAAGGUGAUUAGAAUGUGUGUGUGUGUGUGUGUGUGUGUGUGUGUGUGUGUGUGUGUGUGUGUGUGUACAUAUGGGUUAGUGUGUGUACGUAUUCAUGCAUACAUAGGUGGUAGGUAGUAUAUUUAUUAUUUUUUCUGUUCACGGUUGUUUUGGGUUCAUUCACUCUUUGCUCAGCUUGAAGAAGAAAAAUGGGGAUAUAAAAUAAAUAAAAAAAAAGUGUAUUAAUCGUGUAUAAAUGAGUCUUACUGAAGGUGUAAUGGAUUUGAUGUUUGCGUUAUUUUCACUGUAUCCGAAAAAAUGGGACCAAAAAUUGAGGAAGUGUGUUCGUACGUACAGAAUAGGCUGUGUGUGUGUGUGUUUGUGUGUGUGUGUGUGUGUGUGUGUGUGUGUGUGUGUGUGUGUGUGUGUGUCGAUGCGUACACAGUCUAGAGGCUCACACGUACACACAGUUCCCACAAUGAUUCAGAAAGUAGAAUAUAGCAAACAAAUAAGUAUAAGACCUCCCAUGAACCUCAAAACCUUUCCCCGUUUUCUAUCACUUCAUGCUGCAUCAAAGAAAACGGGACGUGAAAAUCAAGCAACUCUCACCCCGUUUUUUAUGCGCUGUCUGGAAAUUGAAAACGGAGUAGGAAGGAAUGAAAAAGGGGGAACUUGACGAUGUCUUAUUUCUUUCACACUUGUUUCAAUUUUUACAUUUUUCCGAUAGUUUCAUUUUCUCGGCCAUAUCAUCAUAUUUUCUUCCACGGCCUGCUCAGGACAAUGAAAGCUAGCGUAAAAUAGUAACUUGUACCGCAUCAUACUCGUGGUAAGGUCGAUUAAUAGUACUACCAUCACCACUACUAUGACAGCUGCUGCGGCUGCCACGACUAUUCCUUGGAGUACGUUAUCAUGGGGUCGAUUUUGCCACGAGUGAGUUCCGGUCCCCUAAACCAGCCACACACAUGAUGUCUAGAAUAGCGAACAUAAUGAAUGACUAUACGAAGCAGACUAUUAUACAAGUUGAACGUGGUUUGAAGAGAGAUGCAUCACUUAUGUAUAAUAAUAAUGAUAAUAAUAAUAAUAAUAAUAAUAAGAGUAAUGAUGAUUACAUAUAUAACUUGGUUAGCAUAAUCCAUAACUGUGUGUACACCUUUUUUUUUUUUUUUUUUUUGAGGAAUGGAAAAAAAAAUGGAGAUUACAAUGCUAAUGGUAUACAAAGAAAUGAAUAAAAAAAAUAUGUAUAAAAAUAAAUAAAACUUGUGUAUGUAGAAGAUUUCUCAUAUAUAUUUUUGCUUGACCACUUUUGAGGGCAUGUAGGGUAGAGGCGCAAAGGUAGUGACGACGAUGACGACCAGCUGUUUUAUUUGUUUGGGGAAGGGUGUGUACGGUCUCUCUCUCUCUCUCUCUCUCUCUCUCUCUCUCUCUCUCCCCUUCUUCUUCUUCUUCUUCUUUUCCUCAUCUCUCUCACACACUUGUUUCGAUUUCAUAAUGAACAUCUGUGAUUGAAUACCUAUCCUUCUCUCACCUUAAUAAACUACUGACUUAUCAUAAAUUGCUUCCUAACUUAUUAUUUUUCCUGUUCCUCACCUGGUUGAUUGAACACACCGGUGAUAUAUUACCUGUCCGUGUAUUACUUGAUUAAACAAUUAACUCGCCUUGAUUUCGUGUAUCUCUAUUUCUUUCUUGCUGUAUCUUAAUUUUUUCUUUUUCAUCUAACUUUUUUUUUUUUUGAUGGAUUGCUCUUAUUUUUUUUUUUCUAUUUCGUCUUAACUUUUGGUAUUUUUAUUUUCUUAUCUUUUCAUUUGUUUCCUUUCCUUGGCAUUCUCCACGAUUAACUUACUUACUUCAUUUUUUUUUGUUUGUUUCUUUCUUUCUGGGUUCGAUCCUUGCCUGUCUCGUUUGUUUAUAGUUUGUUUAUUUUAUUUGUUUCUUUCUUCACCUUCGAUCUUUUAUUUUGGGUCUUUUCUCUCUAUUAACUUUCUUGUCUCUUCUGUACUUUCAUUCUCUCUCCAUCACGCAUUGUUUAUUUCACCUCAAUCAACACUUUCUUUAAUUUAUCUUACUUUUCUUACUACUACUACUACUACUACUACUACUACUACUACUACUACUACUACUACUACUACUACUACUACUACUACUACUACUACUACUACUAUUACUACUACUAUUACUACUACUAUUAGGGUGUGUGGCGGAAAGAAAGGUUGUGUUAAUAAUGACACUUUAUUAAUCAUUGUUAUUAUGACUUUGUGUUACGCUGAUUGUAAGACGAUUGAUGAUGAUGAUGAUGAUGACCACAAUGAUGAUUUCGAUGAUUUGGUUUCGUGUUUGUUUUCAUCUCAGUUUAAGGUGAUUUCGCUAUAUACUCAGUCAAACACACACACACACACAUACACACACACACACACACACACACACACACAC